AUGCCCGUUGAGGUUGAGUCUGAGGUGUCUGCUAGUGGUAUGGUUAGUGAGGAAGCACCAAGGGUGGCCACGGAUGGUGAACAAGCUGAAAAGGUAGUCUGUGAAAAAGAGGCUACAACUGAGGUUAAGAAGGGGACAUAUAUUCAAGUACUUCCUAUUGUACUCCCCUUCCCAAACCGGCAACUCAAGAGUAAGCUAGACAAACAGUUUGACGAAUUCUUGGAUGUGGUAAAAAACUUGCAGGCUUUAUGUGAUUUAGGUGCUAGUGUGUCUGUUAUGGCUUUGUCUGCCUGUACUAAAUUGAACAUGGAGUUGGCUCUUGAUGGUGGAGAGUCUGAACCCGAGGAGAGCACCAAAUUGAGGAGAUUGAGGUAUGAUGAUGGUAAAGUGUCUACACCUAUCGAUGAUUCAUUUCCGGAAGAUCAUUUACUUGCACUUGCCAGUCAAUCACCAUGGCUCGCAGACUAUGCGAACUACAUUGUAGGGGGUAUUCUUCCGUCCGAUCUUACAUAUCAACAGAAGAAGAAGUUCCUACAUGGUGUUCGAUUCUACUUUUGGGAUGAUCCUUAUUUGUUCCGUGAAACUGCUGAAGGGUUGUACAAGCGAUGUGUUCCAGAAUGGGAAGUUCAUGGUAUUAUCAAUAGGUGUCAUUCUUCACCUUAUGGUGGUCACCAUGGACCUUCGAAGACUAAUGCUAAGUUGUCGCAAUUUGGAGUUCCAAGGGCCUUGAUCAGUGAUGGAGGUUCACACUUCCAUGAGAAGCAUCUGGAUGCGCUCCUGCGCAAAUAUGGGUCUAGGAAGGAUUGGAGCGACAAGCUUGAUGACACUCUAUGGGCGUAUAGAACUGCCUUCAAGACACCUAUUGGUACUUCCCCGUAUCGGUUGGUGUAUGGUAAGGCAUGUCAUUUGCCGGUAGAAAUGGAGUAUAAAGCUUAUUGGGAAAUCAAACAACUCAACAUGGAUGCUAAGUUAGCCGGUGUGAAGCGGCUACUACAGUUGAGUGAGCUAGAUGAGUUUCGGUUACAAGCCUCUAACAACGCCCAUAUCUACAAGGAAAAGACUAAGCGGUGGCACGAUAGUCGCAUCCUUCAUAGGGAGUUCGCGGUGGGCGACAAGUGUAGUUUUUGGUAUUGGAGGGGUGAGAAGAGGGAAUUUUACUGUUUGGGUGUUUAG